UUCGAAAAUACCUUUCAAAAUGUUUUAUUGUUAUGAAAGUGUUUACAACAAUGAUAUUGUAUUUAAUAAUGUUAAAUACACACGUUGGGGAAAAAAACCAGGAAAUAUGAGAACAUUGUACAAAAACAUGUUUGGACGAUGACAGUUGUUAUUCAGCCGUAGUGCAUGCUUUCCUAUGGCGUUGCAUAAUAAUAUGAUAUGAAUAUGUUUAUUGAACGAGUCUUAGGCAAGGCUUGUAAAGGCAAAACGGUUCAGUAAUUUAUUGCGAUUGGACACACGAACGGGGCUUUCACUUUUACUUCGCUUCGCUCUUUGAACCGAAAAGAAAGGAAAGUUGGAACAAUACAGAAAAGCUUCGACAAUGUCUCUCGUAUUUUUGUUAUUGUGCAUGACUGCGACAAUAUUCGCCUACGAUCCAAAUGAUGAGACGCUGAAGGAUAUUUUAUUGCCGGAAGGAAAAUUCGAAGCAUUUUAUUUGAAAGGUGAUGAACAAAAUGUCGUGAGACCACCUCAUCUUCAUGGAUCAUUUCACACUUAUAAAAAUCCAGCACUUGUUGGUGCUCCAAAUAGUGCGGCUUAUGGUUUUCGCUUCGAUGGAAAAAGAAGAUUCAAUUUUGAUUAAGAAUUGAAAAUUGAUCGAAAACCAAUGAAAGGAUUGUCAAGGAAAAUUAUUUUCCUAAAGAAAUUCCCUCUCAAGAAGAAGUUGAAACCAACAAAAGAAAAACAAGAAAUCUUCCAUUUGUCUUAAAUCAAAUUCACUAAUUUCUUUUUAAAAAAUGAAAAAUUUGAGAAAGAAUUUUAAAUUGUCAAUGAAUCAUUUUUUUGAUAUUUAUGAUAAUUACUUUAGUCGUCUCAUGUAUAAAUUUAAAUUAAAACAAUAAAUUUUUUUGCAAAGGA